AUGGCACCACUUCGACGAUACCUACGGAUUACAAAGCAUUCUGUUCUCGAGGUUCGCAUCUAUCUUGACCGACCCGCUGAUGCUGAGGCAUGGCUGUUGAAGCGCGACGACCCAGCACUACCACGCGUCAUUGAGGCUAUACGACCGCUUGUACUGCCCAAGCUCCGAGAGGAAAACGAGCGGGGUAGAGGCCGAGGUAGUGCCAAAUCUAAAAAGAAGGGAGUAAAGGACGUCGUCGUCGAAGGUAAGCUGCAUGGAAGUUUGAUAUCUCUUACUCAGACGGCUAACCUCACGUCAGAUGAUUUCGAGGUUUCCAUCUUUUUGACGGACCUAUCCUCCCGGCACUCCGUUCUGACCAAGCAAAAGAUCUUCAAAGACAAGGCCCGCAUCCAAAGCAAUUCCGGGAAACUCACCAACUGGCUGACAAGUGGAACUAGCGAUCAGCCUGUCGUUAUCAACGAAGAUGGCGCAGAUCCGAUCGUUAUCAGAGAAGAAGACGAUGACGAGCCCAUCAAUCUUGCUGACAUCCCGGCAGCUGACCAACCUGGGAAACAGCCUAAGCGUUCAGCACGUCAAAGACGCCGAAGGAACGAGGAUGAGGAUGCUGCACUCAGCAAUCGCAGCGAUAGCGAAGGUUCGGAUUUGUUUGUCCCUGAGCCCACCAAUCGACGUCGGACCAAGGCUCGUACACAGGACGAAGACCAGGAUAGUGACGAGGAGACACAUGCGGAUGAUAAGAAGAAGCUUGGUCUCAACACAUCAUAUGAUGGCUUCAGUAUCUACGGCCGUAUACUGUGUCUUGUCAUUAAGCGCCGUGGCGCACGAAACGUGGCAGGACCAAGUGGUGCAAAUUCAAGCCAGGCUAUGCUAGAGAAUUGGGUUUCGACACAAGCUGUGGCAGAGCAGCUCGACGACGAUGAGGACACUAUGUGA